UCGCAGUUCCACGGCGAUAUACGCGAUUCGCAGGCUAACGGAGGCAGAGGCUGUGAUGAAGUAAAAUUUGUAUUCGGGUAUUUUUUUUCUUGUAUUAAUUAGAAGACGCCGGUCACUGUUAGAUUUAAUCUUUCUACGAUAGCGAAGGUUACUGCCAGGAGGCGACAGAAAGAAAUGAAUGAUUACAAGGGUGUUUUGUGGCACAAAAAAGGGUAGCUAGCUAGCUGUUAGUUAGCCUGUGUGAUUUUUGCUAGCCUGCUGGCUAUCUGGCUUUUACAGGCUGUAAAAGCAAAUGUUUGCUAACGGUCACUAGCCUGCUGAUCACCAAGGUAACGUUACGGCGGCUUAGCGCAGACGGCAUUAAUCUGCACGGUCAUGUUUUAUUUCGUUCUGUCAUUCUUCGCCGUCUGUUAGCUAGUCGUUUAGCUGGCUAGCGUGUCGGUUAGCUAGCUGAUGGACAGUUUUGCGGGCGGUCUGUGUCACUACUCGGGCGUCGUUUGGUCUUGGUACUGGGGCGGUUAGCUAAGCUAGUUAGCGAAACAGCACGGAUGUCGUGGCAGGCAAGCUCGUCCCGUCCACACCGGGACUCAAGCUGGUAAGGGUCGGCGCAUCAAAAACACCGGCAUAGCGGAGGACUGUCCGUGGGAAAAGUUCAUUUCAGCCUGAGCGGUAGUUAGCAAGCAAGACAAUCUGCUCUCAUUUUAAUGAGCAGAGUUCAGACGGCUGGCCUCAAAAAUCACAUCUGGACGUACACUACUAGCUAGCAUGCGUGCUAACUAAACCAGAUAAACAUUGGCUUAAGCUGUUUUGGUUUCUGUCUUCACUUCUUCCUUUCGCUCUCCGGUAGCUAGUUAGAUAAGCUAUGUAUUAACCGCACUAUCUUUUCAGUCGUUGUUAACAGAUUUAGAUAUCAAGGGCCCUAAUUAACCACAGGCCCCGCAGUUAUUUCCACUCUUUUUUCCUGAGCAAAUUAGCCUAUUUCAUAUCGAAGGGCCUCGUUCUGGUAUGCCUCGUUUUUAGCAUAAACGCCUAAGAGCAUCCGUUUUCUGUUCCGAAACAUUAAAAAAAAAAACCCGAGGAGCCACCUGCUAGAGCCCGGCCUCCGUGUGUCUUUAAAUCAAGACUCGAAUCUUAAAAACACUACGGCGAUGACACUGGAGUCCAUGAUGGCUUGCUGCCUGAGCGAGGAGGCCAAGGAGUCGAAGAGAAUCAACGCUGAGAUCGACAAGCAGCUUCGCAGAGACAAGCGAGAUGCGAGGAGAGAACUGAAGCUUCUGCUGCUGGGCACGGGUGAGAGCGGCAAGAGCACCUUCAUCAAACAGAUGCGCAUCAUCCAUGGGUCAGGCUACACUGACGAAGACAAGCGCAGCUUCACUAAGCUCGUCUACCAGAACAUCUUCACCUCCAUGCAGGCCAUGAUCCGCGCUAUGGAUAAUCUCAAGAUCCAGUACAAGUAUGAGCAAAACAAGGCCAAUGCAUUACUGGUGCGAGAGGUGGAUGUAGAGAAGGUGUGCUCCUUUGACCAGCCCUACAUCAAUGCAAUAAAGAUGCUGUGGGCCGACCCGGGCAUUCAGGAAGCCUACGAUCGCAGGAGAGAGUACCAGCUCUCUGACUCUACCAAAUACUAUCUAAGUGAUCUGGAUCGUAUUGCGGAUUCGUCGUAUCUACCAACCCAACAAGAUGUGCUUAGGGUUCGCAUUCCAACUACUGGGAUCAUUGAAUACCCUUUCGACUUGCAAAGCAUCAUUUUCAGAAUGGUGGACGUAGGAGGACAGCGGUCAGAGCGCAGGAAGUGGAUCCACUGCUUUGAGAAUGUGACGUCCAUCAUGUUCCUGGUUGCCCUGAGCGAGUAUGACCAGGUUUUGGUGGAGUCUGAUAAUGAGAACCGAAUGGAGGAGAGCAAGGCCCUCUUCCGGACGAUAAUCACCUACCCCUGGUUCCAGAACUCCUCUGUCAUUUUGUUCCUCAACAAAAAGGACCUGCUGGAGGAAAAGAUCAUGUACUCUCACCUGGUCGACUACUUCCCUGAGUUUGAUGGUCCGCAGAGAGAUGCGCAGGCGGGGCGUGAGUUCAUACUGAAAAUGUUUGUGGACCUGAACCCGGACAGCGACAAAAUCAUCUACUCGCACUUCACCUGCGCCACAGACACGGAGAACAUCCGCUUCGUCUUCGCUGCCGUCAAAGACACCAUCUUGCAGCUCAACCUCAAAGAGUACAACCUGGUGUGAGGGAAACAGGGACACCUGCAGCCCAGGCAGAAAUACGAUUUAUAUGUACCCCACACACUCAUACACUUAACAUAAUCAAGACUGACACAGUCCUACUCUUUACAGGCACAGAUGUUUCUUAUUUUUAGUUCUUUUAUUUGGCCAUUUUUUUUUGUCAUUCUGGCAGUGUUAUCAGUUGCUGCAGGAAAAUACAGGCUCUCGCCUUCUCUCAUCAGCUGAUAACUCCUCUGCCCGUCCCUUCUGAUUGCUCCUCUAACGGAAGGGCUGGGGCAGUCGGACUGCGUGUGGCGGUGGUCGACAGGGUCCUAGUUUGCACUGUAGCAGAGUUGCAGGUGGGAAUUGAGGUAAGACUUUCAUAAGAGGAGACCCUGACCUUAAUCUUAAGAGGAAACGGUGUGAAUGGAAGAAGAACUGCAACCGCAUACGAAAUGCCAAUGAGAAUUUUGGCACAGGCGCUAUUAUAGCAGGGCAUUGGGUGCAGUUUUUUCUGCAUGCCUCUCCAAGGCUAAACUUCAGCUAAACUUCACCUUGUAUCCUUGAAUGUACCUUGGUGUUCUUUUGGAAAUAAUGGGCGUUGAGACAUUUCUUGGAGAAUGGCAAAGGCUGUAUGCAUUGAUUAGAUUUUUGUAUAUUAGGAGUAAUGAAGAGACUUCUCGCAAUUAUAAGUUCUACUGCUGCACUCCGAAAAGCAAUGGUUAUUCAAGAACCAUGUGAAAAUGGGUUCCACUCUCAAAUUAGGGGAUAGAUGGAUAACGGUGUUAUGACCUUGUCACUAUAUGUACUAAUCUACCUAACUAAUUACCGCUCUGCAUUAACAAUUUUAAUGAUUCUAUCAAAAUUAUUAGCAGUAGGUUUCCUCCUCCAUCUGUACUAUUUAGCCAAAUUUCCAUUUAGCUACGAAUGAAGUACAUGUUUUUGCCAGUAUUGGUUGCAUUACUCGGUACAGUUGAAGGGAUGCAAUGAAUAUUUAAUGAAGUUUGCGAAACAAAUUUGUAUUUCAUGUAUGUUUACAUACAUUGUUAAGAAACUCUGGCUCAAGAAGUUUAAUAUAAUCCAGGUAUUAUUUUGCCACAUAGUAUCUAUUAUUUAGAUGAUGUGUUAUAGUUGUUGAAUACUGUUAUUAUGCAGCGUAUCGUGCUUAUUUCAUGGUUAAAUUUAAUAAAUGAAGGUAAUCUCAAAAAGCUAUAUAUGUACAGAGAGGGCAAGAAGCAAGAUUGAAGUAAAUCGUAACCCCUAACAUAACUCUUAGUGUUAACUGCUGGUUCCAUGUAGAACUCUUUCUUUUGGCCAAUAUAGUACCACACAAAAGAGUGCUGUACAAAGUGAAAUCAAUAUUUUCUAUUUAUGUAAUUUAUGGACCAGAUAUGUAAUGUUAAUAAUAGGACUCUCCCCCUUAAUGGUUCCUUGAAAUGAUAGGGGGGUCAGAGUCUAUACUGCUGUAAAAAUCUAUUGGCUAGUGAUUUGCUUUUCUUCCAGUAUUUAGUACAUGGUUGUCGCAGUUCUGUUCAUGCUUAGGUUUUUUUUUAUGCUUGAGAAGGGGAACCUUUUAUGGCGCUUUAUGCAAAUAGGAAGGCAGUGGUUCAAUUCUUAAUUGGUCUAUGCUUGCAUUUUGUAACAUAGUUUGGUAUUGUUUCAGUACCAUAUCUUAGUUCUUGCUGUUGAUAGCUCUUGAAAUUCCAUAGCUGAUCUUCUCAGUAGGUUUUUUUGUCUUUGCUAUGUAAUUCAGGUGAGUUUUCAUGCUUUUCAGUACAAGGGCUAAUUAUAGGUGAAGUUGAUGAAAUGAAAGGACUCCAUUGAAGACUACAGAGCAAUAGGUGCAAUGAAGUGAGGAGCUGAAUCAGGGAGGUGGUGGUGUUGAUGUGUGAGUGGUAGGACGGUUAUAGUCACCACAGGUUCGGUUUUUAUGGUGUCACAGGGAUACACCUCGAAAAUUGUGUUUAAUUUGAUGUGAUUAGAACACCAUGUGAAACUCUAAGUAAAUGCGAGCUUAAGUAAAAGUUCUUCUCUCAUAUUUGUAUAUAUAUAUUUUCUCCCCUGUAAAUGAUUCUGAGUUGAAUCUCUGUUAUGUCAGUAUGGACCAUACUCUUGAGGUUGAUGUGAAAGUUGUAAAACUCGUAAUCAUUUUCACAUACAUUUCGCGUUUAUGCAAUUUUUGUUUUGGUGCAGCAACAACAGGGGCUAGUUGGAUGCUUUGAUUGUCCUUGGACUCGGUUAUUAAAAAGCACUUACAUUUCUUUGGUAGUCGUGCCCCACUUGGUUUAUACGUUUAUUGCAAGAAUUAUGUCCUAUUUAUGGAUGACAAAACAUCUUCCUUUGUAUUAUACUCCCUUUAAUAGCAGUGAUCGGUAUGUUCUGUCUGUGCUGUUUAUCAUUCUUAUUGGAACACUUGAAUCCUGAGAGGUGGUGCAGCUUGAGAAUAGCGUUAGUCUAUGCUGUACCCACGGAGGGUGCAAGUCAUUUUCUUGUUGGUGCCACAGACAUCACUUAUGAGGAUAACUUCUUUUGAUUUUGCCUGUAUCUGGAUGUAUUAAAGAAGCUUUUUUUUCUUGGCUUGGAAGUUUGUGCCAGUGUUGCACUGUACAUGCUGUUCUUUGGUUACAUUUUGCUAUAAUAGGCUAUAAACCCUGUCUACAUGUAUGAUAUAGGUUUGGAUACUUGCAGAACACAUGAAUAUGUUUGUUAUGUACGAGUUAAUAUCUUUUGGUGGAGAAUUCAGGUGCCGGGCCAGUGAAAAGUGCAGUAUCACUUUCAGCAUAAAGAUAAUAUCAACACUCAUCAUAUUUAGCCGAGCGUUUCUGAUGAUGGGGAAUGUGUAUAUUUAUAUCCGUACAAACACUACAUGUUUGGCUGCAUUGCCUAGGAGCACCACAUGCGAGGUAUGUCCAAAGGUUUGUAGACACCUGCUCCUCAUACUUUUCUUCUGAAAAUGAAGGGAUUAAAAGGAAAUUCCACAGAUUCUGAAUAAUUUAGUUGUUUAGAUGUCAGUACAAUCAUUCAGAGUGGUUGGAUGUGAAACGGGGCAUUGUAGAGAAACUUAUGGACUCUUAUUUGUUUACACUGGGUUGAUGGUAACCAUGUGUUGAUCUACAAUGCAAAUAUUUGCUAUCCUCAAUGGCUUGUGAACUUCUACACAUGUUCUGAGUAAUUUGCCUCACAAGAGCCUACAUGUGUCUCUUCGCCAUGAAUGGCUUUUUUAAAAUAUGUUUUAGGCCAAAACCUCAUCUUGAAAUCAUCGUAAAACAGUGUCUCAGGCAUCAGAAAACAUACCCAUAAGCAUUUCAUGUAAUAGCAUUCAGUAAGAGCUUUCAGAGGCAUUAAAGCAAACAAAGGUUUGCCAUUUUGAAUGAAGAACAUGCCAUUUAUGUAAGUUGUGUAGACUGUGGAUGAGUUUUGCGUUUUGGAAAGCGGAGGGUCUGCUGUCAGCAGAGGAUUCUGGGAGAGAAUACCUCCACUCCCCCAAAACGCCCCCAAAACACAGAACAGCAGCAGUUCAGUCGUUAUUGGGCCAACCCACAGAUGCGGUGUUUAAUUUUUAUUGUGGAUACAUUACAACUGAAAUAUAAAAGUCACAUUAUUCAUGUUCAGAGUCCUUUCUUUAGUAUCUUUUAAAUGGUAAGUAAAA